AUGGAUGAUGACUCUAAAGAAUAUAGAAGAAAUAAACCACAGCAAAAGUUUUAUAAACCAGGUAGUGGACCAUUAAGACGAUCAAGUUAUGGUUUGGACGCUAAAAUGGACACAAACGACUUAGACGGAGGUUCCAAAAGCCGAAACCAAAAUUAUUACGGAUCUCAAAACUCCAUCGCAGACGAUUUAAGCGACUCUUACAGAGGAACGAGUAUGCGUCACAAAAAGCCUGAACAACAGCUUUCGGUGCCUCGAUCAGGAGAUUCUUGCUCUGAUAAUGGUAGACAAUCUAAAGUACCAAUGAGGUGUGAUAAUUCUAGUCAGUACGUCAAUAGAAGAAUGUCUGAUAAUCCAGACAGGCAGGGUUCAGGGUCUUAUUCUAGAAGUGCUUCCAAAAGAGAUAGAUCUUUUGCAGACUACCAUAACAAAGAUGGUACAAAUAAUGAUAUUAAUUAUAAUAGACAAUACAGACAAGCCUCUGAAACAAGAUCCAUUUCACCCACACAUAUGCAAGACCAAAACUCUAUAGAUAGAAACAGGGAUAGCAGAAGUAUGGAAACAUCAGCAGGACGACACCUCGCGUCUUCUGGAGGUAAACCGCCAUCUGGUCGACGUAACUCUUCAGGAUAUACAUCUGAUUCAUCAAGACUUAAAUAUAUGGUAAAUUUAGAUAAUAUACCUCCAAGAUUUAGAAAGAAAUUUUUAGAACAAUCAGGCCAUCACAAUUUCGACAGUGAUCAAAUACGUAGAGACAAAUAUUCUUCAAAUCAGUCUGUGCAACCAGUUUAUAACCAGGACACUCCAUAUUACAACAUGUCAAACUGGUCCCAAACAUUGCCAUCAAGAGGCAGAGGACGAUUAAGAGACAAUGAGGGCUUUGACAGAGAAAAAUUUAUAAGUACAUAUUUGAAGAGCUAUGAUGUGCAAAAUUCUAGAAAGUCUACUCCUAGUAGUUCAUAUCUGAAUUUAUAUGAUACAAAUUCAGUGGAAAAUAAACAGGCCAAUGAUAAAAUAAAUACUGGGCCAAGUAGUACAGAGAGUCAAGAAUUUCAUGAUGCGUCACAGAAUGGUACAAGCAGUAUGGCUAACACUAUUUCUAGUAGCCAGCCAGAACAUCAUAAACAAGAAACAGACAAUGAACACGACAGUGAAACUACAUCUCAAAUCUCAGCAACUUUAUUGGAUAUUUCUAAUUUGGACUGGACAGAAGAAGUAGAAAAGAAUAUAAAACUAGAUGACAUGGGUGAUUCUUCAACUAGUUUUUCACAAAAUUUGAAGAAGUCUGUUCAAGAUGAUGUGAAGCCUGCUGAACCUCGUGAGUCGAAACGAAGUGGAAGAUCGCGACGUAAAGAUCGAAGAAGUUCAAGUAGAGGCCUUAGAAAAGAGUCCGAAAAGAAAGUUGAGCGCAAUAGAAAGGAUAGUACAGCGAGCAUUCAGCAUGAGCCAGAGAGGGCUAGGAAGGACAGCAAUGUCAGCAUUCAGCAUGAGACCGUGCACUCGGGACUGAAGCAGAGAGAACGCGAGAGACGAGACAGUCACAAGAGUAAUCGUUCUUCUACCAUCGGAAAUAGUAGAGACGACUUGGAUCGCUGGAGGUCGUUACGUUCUUACAGUAGAGAACAAAGCACUGAAGGGAGAAUAGUUUCGCAAUGUAACAGUCGAGACACGUCGGCUAACCGUGCUACUAGCCCGAGAGAUCAUGAUGGUUUUAGGAUUCCAUCAUCCAUGUCAAAAUCAGCAGCAUGGCUAUCAACAAAUCCGAAAAGCAACGGUUCCUGGGCUAACGGUCGUACUUCAAGCGUGGAGCGUGGUCGACAGUCGCCUGCACCGAGUCACGCCAGUGUAAGCACUGCGCCUGCUCCCGAAGGCGGCUCAGGACGACGUUCUCGUAAGCGCGCUGGUCGUCGCACUACGGAAAAUAGAGAGCGACGCCGUGGAAGAAACGCCGAAGCUCAACAGCCACAGCAGCAACAUUCACAGAGCUCUCAGCACGCGCCGUCUGUGACGGCAGCCCCUGCCGCGUCACACGGUUCCAGUUCUGGGACUCUGAACUGGAGAGAAGAAAUACUAGAAUCCAAGAAAAUGAACUCUCAUGAAAAACAUCCAGAGACCAACUCGCGCAAUAAGGCUGCAGUGGACUCAUCCUCAUCACACCCUGGUUUAAUCAUGCUGCCACAAGCAUCAAUAACACAUAUGCAAAAAGACUUGGGGAGGGGAGGUUCAGUAGAAACUCAAAAGACUUUGUUUGAUCAUCAAAAUCCAUCCAAACCUAUAAUUGUACAAACUAGUCCCUCUAAAAUAGACAUAAGAAUGGAGAGAGGAAUAAAAGAGAGUUCGUCUCGCGGUAACGCUGGAUACGAGGCCAAUGACGCGGCACGAGCAGUGCGACACCGCGCCCUGCUACAAGAGGUGGACCGUGCUGACGUCAUUCUACAGACACACAUUCUAAGAGGACCUUUAGGCUUAGCUGAUCAUUGGCCUGACGUCACUGAAACCAGAGCUUUUCUGCAAAAUGCUCUUCAAAGACUUCUCAUGUCUGAUCUCAAGUACUGCCAAGCAGACAAUAUCGAACAUCAUUUUUGGAAGAUUUUGUACUACAACUUUAUAGAACCAUUAAGAAAAAGUUUUACCCAAAUGACGCCUGAAGAUAAGCCGAAGAUAGUGAAACUGAUUAAUGUUAUAAUCGAAGAAGGAAACACAUUUUUCGAAAAUUUAAUUCAAAUGUUGGAGAAAACUUAUAAGUUUAAUGUGGACGAUUACAUAAAUGACAAUCAUGUCUUACCUCCCAAAGGUCUUGGGUAUGUGGGUUUGGCUUUAAUAUCAGUUCAAAAGAUAUACGUUUUUUUGGGGGAUUUAGCGCGAUAUAAGGAACAAGUGAAUGAGACAAAUAAUUAUGCUAAGAGUAAAUUUUGGUACACAAAAGCUCAACAAAUCAAUCCUAAGAAUGGCAGACCAUACAAUCAGUUAGCUAUAUUAGCGAUAUAUGCGAGAAGAAAAUUAGAUGCAGUAUAUUAUUAUAUGCGAAGUCUAAUGUCGUCCAACCCUUUUCAUUCAGCACGAGAGAGUUUGUUAUCACUUUUUGACGAAAAUAGAAAAAAGUAUGAGGCAGCAGAACGCAAGCGUCGAGCUGCGCUGGAGGCGACCAAGAACAAUGAUGCCGCGGCUUCUGGAGGCACCAGCAAUAACAGUGUAGUAGAAGGUACACCCGGCAUGAAGAGAGAAGUAUGGGUGCGACCCAGUGGACACAGGACCACUACCUUCCGACCAGCAUCUAGGGACGAACAACUUGCUUCUAUGACUUCAGUUGAGCUCAACAAAAAUUUCAUUACCAGUUAUUUACACGUUCAUGGGAAACUCAUCACUAAAAUAGGAAUGGAGACCUUUUACGAGAGUGCGAGUUUGAUGCUGCGUCAGUUCCGUGCCCUGCUUCAUCGCCAGCCACUGCCAACUCCUGCCGCCCGACUAUUGCAACUGACAGCACUCAAUAUGUUCGCAGUGGAAACCACCGCCGCAUCACUAAAAGAGGGCAAUAGCGGAGAGCGGUCGGCGUGGUUGGAGUGCGCGCUGGGCGUGUCCCUGCUGAUGUUCGGUGCGAUGCUGGAGCGAUGUUGCGCGCUGCUGCCGGAAGCGCCGCAGUCCCAGCACCACACCGACGCCUUGCUACUAUUGCCGGCUAUCAAGGUGUGGUCAGACUGGAUGUUAUGCCACAGUAGUAUAUGGAAUCCACCACCAUCAUUUGACAGUUUUGACAUUGGAGCCGACAACGACCCGUGGGAUUGGCUUGCGAAGCUUAUGAACAUAUUAGAAGCUCUCGAUGACAAGUCGAUAGAAUUCGAAAACGAAAUGAAAGAAGGUUACGUGUGCGUGCGUCUGCCGGAGGACGCGUCUCUGGGCGGGUUCACGCCGCUGAUGUACAUGGAGCCGGCCGUGGCCUGGGUGCGCGCCGACCAACUGGGACAACACCACGCCGCAGAACACGCGCUCAGAAUCACCAAGCUACUGUUCUUCGGCACUGAGUAUUUAGUGGGCGUGGAGCCCCCGGUGCUAAAGUUGGAGUGUCCGGCGGACGCGUCGCCGAGAUACGUCAGCGCCGUGCAACGAGCGCAGCCACUGCAUGCACCACUGCAACAACUGUCUGAAAAUUCUGAGGAUGAAAGCAAUACAAGUGGUGGUGCUAGCGAGGCGCCCAGUCACAGCGAGGGAGUCGAGGCAGAGGGGACCGACGAAACGACACGCAAACUCCUGCGCCGCAAGGAACAACUCGAGACUAGGAAGGCUACGAUUGAGAAACAUCGCCAACGUAUGCAGGAAAUAUUGAAAGGAGGUUCUGAAAUUGAAGUUCGACCUCGAUGGUUAGUGCCGGACACAAACUGCUUCAUCGAUCACCUGGAAUUGCUACAGGCCAUUGUAGCUGCGCCAGCGCAACCUUACACCUUAGCUGUGCCUGUUGUGGUAAUGACGGAGCUAGAAGGCCUACGCCUGAGUGGGCGGGUGGGCUCUGCGGCGCGGUCGGCGUUGAGUUGGGUGGGCGGCGCGGGCGCGGCGCUGCGCCUGGCCACGUCGCGCGGCUCGCUGCUGGCCACGCGCGCCUGCACGGCCGAGGCGGCGCCCGGGCCCGCCACCAACGACGACCGAGUCCUGGCCACAGCACUCAGUCUACACAACAACGUCGCCGCCGCUGCUGAUAAUGAUUCCCGCGGAGACGACGGCAGAGAGGCGCCGAAGGUAGCGCGGCGCGUGCGCGAGGUGGUGCUGCUGACGGACGACCGCAACCUGCGCGUCAAGGCACUCGCCGCCGAGCUACCCACGCGGGACCUGCCCUCCUUCGUGCACUGGGCUGGCUUGAUCAAGGAUGAUGCUGCGAGUACGGAGGCGGGCGCGGGCGAGGAGAGCGCGGGAGCACGCAAGUGA